AGGCGCAGUGGUCUUGAGCAUGUGGUAUCGAACAUUUCCUAGCAAUUCAGAAAGUAAAAGCAGGUUCUGUACUUGUAAGCACAGUGUGUGUGGAGAGGCGGAGGACAAGAGCCGGCUGAGCACAUGCCAAGAAAUAUAGCUGAACGUCCCUUACGUUACUCGAAGGUUUCCAUACAGGAAGACACAGCGCUUUCCCACCUUACAACAGAGUUGGAUAAAAUCUUGAACCAGUACUGUAAUGACAAGGGCGUCGUCGUCGAAGAGGUCGUCUGGGACGGGAACAUCACGUGGUCGGGGAACCUACGCUUCCCAUGCUUGCAAUGUAUGCAGAGCCAAGAGGGUAAAAUGCGACGAGGUAAAGCCUGUCUGUGGCUUCUGUCAGGCCUCGGGACGUAACGAUGAGUGCUCAUGGACAGGCGAAAGUGCAAGACGACCAAGGACAGAGGCCCAUUACGAAGCACUGAGAAAACGAGCAGAUGCUCUCAAAGCCUAUGCUGACCUGCUCGAGUCGUUGCUGGAGAAAUGCCGUAGAGAGCAUGGAGGAGUGUCGGAAGAGAGCAUGUCGUACCUCCAGUUCCGACCGCCGGACGCUGGGAGCGCCAUUCUGGACAAUGAAGUGCCACCGCCGCAUGACGAUGGUGCUGAUGCCAAUCAGGUCGACGGAGAGGACAUAACACGGGAGAUUUGCGUGCCUACCCGGAACCUAAAGCUGGAGGACAGUCAACUUGUUUUCUAUGGUAUUGCGGCACCGUUUCGUCUAGACCAGACUCCUGCAAAAUCUAGGGUGACCUCAAGACUUCCCGACGUUGACGACCCUAAGAAGAGCCAUGUUCUUCAAAUAUCAGAUGGUGAUGGAAAUUACUACGACCCAGAUUUCGACUGGUCUCGCCAUCUCCCUUCUGUCGUACCUCUGGACAGGAAGGAACAUGACAGAGUUCUCGAUCUUCUCUUCAAAUUCUUUACGCCAUGGUGUUGUCGUGUUGUUCCGGAACUGUUUUUUCGGGACAUGCGUAGGGCUAUAAGCGUCCCUGCACAUCAGACACCUCCGAGGACUGCCCAUUAUUCUCCAAUGCUUCACAAUGCCCUUGUAGCUUUGGCGACGGCCUUCUCGGAUGAUCCUCAGAUACGUGAUUUCAAGUCACGUAACUACUUUGCCGAUGAGGCCAAGCGACGGUGGGAGGAUGAAUGUCGAAAGCCGACCAUCAGUGUUGCACAAGCGCUUUCAAUACUGUCGAGCUUCCAUACGACCAACGGUGACCAUACUAUUGGCUAUAUGUACUUCGGUCUCAGCACGCGUGUUGGUCAAGCACUGGGCCUCAGCUUUGACAGUUCACCAUGGGUCAGGGCUGGACUUAUAUCCCGAGACGAUACGAUGGACCGAAACCAGGCGUACUGGACUACAUUUAGUGAAGACGCUUGUUCUUCUGUUUACGGCGUCGGGCGGGACUUUACUGUUCCUCAACCAGUGGAACGACGUGUCUCGGUUUCCUUCGUUGACAGCGAAUUCGACAAGAUCCCAUGGCAUUAUCCUCCUGCUAAUAUUCCCCCUCAGCCGAACUUUCUAUUGAGGACCCUCGCAGCGACUUCCGAACUGAUGAUGAUAUUGAGACAAGUUAUGGACGUCAUAAACGGGUUGAAUCUUGUUGGCACCCGACAGGAGAUAAGCGACGAAAUUAUCAGCAAAAUUGAUCUGCAACUCCACGAAUGGAAGAGUCGACUCUCUCCAGAAGUGGAUAUAACAAUCAGCAACAAGUUAAUUGCUACUCCUCAUCGUCUAAUGCUUCACCUAUCCUUCUGGUGGGUAUUCAUCCUCUUACACCGCCCAUUCUUUCAUCGUCGAAAGCGUGAGUCGGAUGGAGACAUCGAUCAUGUCAAGAUGUGUAAGCGGGCUUCAGAGAAUAUCAUGGAGCUUCUCCUUGUCUGGCGGCCACUCUAUACUCUACGAUACGUUCCAAUGACGCUCGUACAAGUACUCUUUUCUGCUGGAACCAUCUACUUGCUCCUUGCUGGGAAGGCAUCCUCCGGUCUUCGCGUCGCCAAGAAGGACCUCGAACGAUUUAUCUCUCAAGCCAAUCUGUGCGUUGAUUAUCUGAACGAGAUCGGAAAAUCAUGGAACUUCGCUAUGAGGAUCAGCGGGAUCUUGUCGAAUCUUUUGCAUAGACAGUUAGAUCCGUUGUUAGAGAAGAGGUCCGCGAAGCAGGCAAGGCAGGAGGAGACCGAGAUUGCAAUUGAAGCCGACAACGGGACGACACAGUGUGAGGCGGGCUCGUUUGGAUCUGGGUUUUAUCAAAAUGCCGCCUCAUCGAUGCCAACUGAGGCAUCCCAUCCUCAGUCCCAGUGGUUCCCAACUCAGCAGCACUACCACCUGUCGGGCAGUCAUGACAGCAAUAGUUAUGGAUCUCUUGCCGUUUUGGGAAUGCUGAAUGGCGACUCGGAGCUGUUUGGUAUCCAACCUUUCAUACCAGAUUAUAAUAUGGGCUCUGAGUCGUAUGAUGGUUACGGCAAUGUGCCCAAUGACAAUAACAACUUUUUUGGACCCCAGGAUUUUGUGGUCGGUUCUCCGGAGUUCUUUGGGACGUAUGAUGCUGGAACAUAACACCUAUGGGAUAUCCUUCACCGGUAUAAUUCUGGUGUGAUGUG